CAGAAAGUGGAGGAUUUAGAGGGCUAUCACAGAUUGCAAUAUAUACCUUCUUAACACUUUGUCUGGUUGGGACUCAGUCUGCCUGUCUAACAAGCUGAAUACUCUGCCUGGUUGAAAUAACAUCAGGAUCCUGCAGCUAAGAUGGCCGACGAGAAGAGACUGUCUGCGAGGCGUAAGCAUACUCUGAAAGGAUGUAUGCUGCUGGUGGCGACAAAUUUGUUGGACGCUGAAGCAAAUGUGAAGGUUGGGGAGAGGGAGAAGUUCCUGGCAGAUAAAUGUCCUCCUCUAGAGCUGCCGUACUCCAAGGAUGAGCUGACGGAUCUUUGCCAGAAACUCCAUGAGCAGAUUGACAUCAGUGAGGAGGAGAGAUACGGCAUAGAGUUCAAACUGAACAUGGUCCUGAAUGAGGUCAGAGACCUCAACAUUAAGAUUGUGGAUUUGAGGGGAAAGUUCAAGAGACCCCGUCUGAAGAAAGUGCGUAUGUCUGCUGACGCCAUGCUGAAAGCUCUGCUGGGCUCCAAGCACACGGUCAACAUGGACCUGAGAGCCAACCUGAAGCAGGUCAAGAAGGAGGUCAAAGAGGAGGACAAGCAGCUGCGCGAUGUGGGAGACUGGCGUAAGAACAUUGAAGACAAGUCUGAUAGGAAGAAGAUGUUUGAUAGUUAAAUGUGAUCCGUCAUUGACUGGAGUGCUUUUCAGGACAGAAAUCAGGUCUAAUGUCUUUGUGACGGAAGAGUUUUAUUUCAAAAUACUGCAUAUCCACUGUAAACCUACCUUUUAUUUUUAGUGAUAAGACAUGACUGCCGUGGAGGUUAUACUGAUAACAAGUGUGAAUAACUGGGAAAUGGAGGAAAUAUGUUAGGGUUUUUAAGCUUCUAGUAUGGUACAGUAUGUGAUAAACGAUAAUCUUCUCAGGUGGUUUGCAGGAUUUUAAAAGUGAUUUUAGUUGACUGUGCAAACAUAAAAUUAUAUUCAACCUUUUACUUUUUGAAUUAAGUCUAUUAAAAGUUAAGUGUUUUUAACAAAUUAAUUAAAUUUAAGUAUUUUAUCCACAGCAUGAGUUGAGUUACAUCUGAGUCUAAAUCUGAGGUAGAUGAAGCAGGUUUCGGGUAGUUUUUGGAUAUCUUACGUUGGAACAAAACUCUUCAGUUGAAUCUAAGCUGCCUUCUGCUUCUGCCUGUAUUGACACUAUACCGUGAUGUAUUUGUACUGUAUGUACUAAUGUCAGUAUUAGUACGAGUGGUGAAUCAAACCUGCUUUUGUUCUGUGAAGGCUGAUUUAUGCUUCUGCAUCAAAACAUUGUGAUACCGGCUGCGAUGUACUUUCCUCGAACCAUUUGUGUCACAUGUUAGAGACAGAGUGUAACGUUAGCCAAUGUGUUGCCUUAGCCUGGCAGUCAUAGAUGAAGUAGAGCAAAAAAAAUUAAACAGAUUUGCAUUGCUAGCAAAAGAGCGACUAUUCUUUUGCAGAAGUAUAACUCAGCCCUCAGUCUAUACUAGCAUCAUGUCAUCUUUUCUAAAGUGUUCAAACGGAAAUGUGAUGUACGUUUCUCGUCUUGUUGCUGUCACAUUAAAUACAAAAGCUUCAUGUUCAUCUUG